CUCAACCGGAGCGAUGUGCACGGCUGAAAUGCGCUGACUCGAAGCGUCUGCAGAAACGCAGCCUCGGGCCGUGCGCCGUCUGCUGCGCGCUCCGGGGAGAGAAUGGCGGAGACUCCGCUGAAGUUGGAAAUCCAGCUGUCGUCGCUCAUAGAGAGGAACGUGCAGAACACGGUGUCGGAAAUCGCGCAGCUGCUGCGAGGCAGCCUGGCCGGCCUGCGCGCCGAGCUGACGCGCAAGCGGAGGCAGAACCAGACCCUCUCGGCGGAGCUGCGCCAGCUGGAGGAGUCGCUGAGAGCCGAGAGGCGGCAGCUGUGUCCGGCCAGCCCUGCCGGUGAGCGGAGCUCCAAAGAGCCGAGCCGUUCAUCCGAGGGAGCCGGAGAGGGCUGUGCCGCGGAGGAUGGGGGCGGCGUGCCGGAGCCAGAGGAGGGCCCCAGGACGAGACACGACCGGGGGCCGGCACGCACGCCGGACAAGGAGGGCGUCCGCAGCCAGGGCAGAAGUCAGCGGGACGACUCGGGCGCCUCUUUCUACGUCAUUGAAAUCGACCCCUCGGCCAUCGAUCUGCAGUUCGUCCUGCCCUCUCCUGUUGUCCCCGCGGAGCCGCUGGGCUCGGAGCACGGUUCCACGGACGGGGACCCGGGCGACCUGCUGCGAAUUUCCCACGCGGGAUCUCCGCGGGUGAAUGGGCACCUUGAACUGGAGCCGGGCGGCACCCCUCCGGGGCUGCCCGAGCCCCCUGCGGGGGCCCGAGCCCCCUGCGGGGGGGACAGCCAGCCACCCUGGCUGUCGGGGGACGCUGACCUUGCUGCCGGGGUCUUAUCCCGGGCAGAGGGUCCUGCGGAUGGCUGGUGUGCCUGGACGGCGGAGAGGGCGUCUGUUUGCUCUUCGCCCUGCGAUGAAUGCCAGGCGGGCGCCCCAGAGGGGGACGGCGUCCCUCUAUUCGGGUCUCAGCCGAGUGACCAGAAGCCCGAAACACCGGAGAGCGACACUGCUGCCCCUGAUGAACAGGACGAGCUCUUCGCUGGCGGAGAAGAGCCCCAGAGAUUUUCGCGCACACCCGUUCCCCACGCUCAGACUGGCCCAGGGCAAACCCUGCCCCCGGGCCACUCGGCUUCCGGAUCCGAACCUCCCACACCAGCCCAGUCUCCCGGCUUCCAGAUGGAACUGCGCCGGAGCAAGGAGAGUCCCAGUCUCCACGGGGGCCCCGUGUCCCAAGAGCCCGCAGCGGGAUAUCAUUGCCCGCACUGCGGCAAGAAGCUCUCCAGCUCCUACAGCGUCAGAAGACACCUGCAGAUUCACAUGAGGGAUCGCUUCAGGUGCGCCGAGUGCGGGAAGACGUUCGGGUACCUGAGCAGCUUGGACAGACACAAGCGAAUCCACUCGAGGCUCGAUGAGCCGCCCGGGAAGAUCUGCGGUCCACCCGCGGGCCACGUCCGACGGCUCAGACGUCGGAGAGGCAGGAACCCGCUGGGCUGUAUCCAUUGCGAGGAGCCGGCGAGCAGGCGGAACAGCCUUCCCCCGCACCGAGACGCCCAGCACCCCAAGCGCCGUCGACCAGCUGAGCCCCCAGUGCCCCAGAAGGACGCAGAGGCCGGCGGGAAACGCCGAUUUCCCUGCGGCCAGUGCCACAAGAGCUUCACCAGGCGCUACUCCCUCAAGCGCCACCUGUCGGCUCACACGGCACACAGCCCUGGGGCCCACGGCCCGCCCCCCGCUCCCGGCAGGACUCAAGAGCUCGGGCAGGGAGGCGAGAGGAGCAGGCGGUGACGGGAGUUCCCGCCGAGAGGACUGACUCCGGUACCGCGAGUCGGGCCACAGCCCUGCGCCCGGGACCCGCGCGAGAGGUUCUUCUGCGGCCCGUACAGUAAGAGCUGCGGCCGAGCUCCCAAGCUGCGCGGUGCCACCCACGUGGGGCCACGCAGACCAGGAGGCCUGAUCGGUGCCCGCGGUGCGGGAAAGAGUUUCCCCAGCAGAGCCUUCUGACCGUUCACCUGCAGGGCCACAACGUGACGACCGCCCGUACUCUUGAAAACCAUCUGGGGUUCUCGACACUUGAGUCCAUUGAGAGGAGUGACCAUAUAACCACCGCGAGUCAUAGAGGGCCACUGCCCCGCGGGUUUAGGCAGGAACUCGAAGGCGUUUGACGACCAAAUACUUGGGAACGGUUGUGAUUAAGACAAACCAGCAAGCCAAUCACAGGCAGGGGAGAUGAGAUGAGAUGAUGCUCUGACCCUCCAGGACCCAAGCAGUGAGAAUCCCUGGCCUAAAGUAUCCGGGGUGGAUGGUAUCCAGGAUGGUUGAAUGAGAGCCAAGGAAAUUUAAGGCAACCCCAACAGACAUGUCCUCCACAUCUUGCAGACCUGAGUUUCUAAAGCAGCUUAGGGAUGAGGGACCCAGGAUGGCUCAAGUCUUUCCCUUAACCUUGCUGCUGAAGCCUCUGGUUCUGAACAGACGCUGGUGGAAAAAUGUUGAAUCUGGAUUCGAAUGCGUUUGUCUAAUCACAGCUACUUGGUGUGGGCUAACGCUGGCUGUGUCUUGGCUUCCACCAGGAGCCAUGAUGGGAGAACAGUGCCCUAGGAGAAAUGAGCCCCUUUGAUGGCAGAUGGCCAGCAAGGCUGUUUCAUCAGGAUGAAGUUGAUGAGAUCAUGGCACCACUUCAGAAAUGGGAAGUUCUCAUCAUGGUCAGCUUGUGUUGGAACCCAGGACAGAACCUGCAACAUCUGAGCUCUCAUCA